GGAAACGAGUGCUGUGAGUGUCAUCAUUAAUCUGCUUUCCAAACAAAUUAGCAAACCCUGCUAUCGGACUCUUCGGUGAGUUAGCAUUUGCGGCCGACGGAUCGAAGGUGGCUGAAGCACGAGCGGGUGAGGAGGACGUUGACUUUGUGAGCGUGGGAGCUUCCUGUUCCCUGGACCCAGGAAGUGAGGCAGAUGAGCGUGGGAAGAGACAGAGUGACUCUGUGUGGGACGCCGAAGACCUCAGAUACGGGUCAGAGAUUAGACAGGAUGCUGCAGCCGGCAGCGUGAGCCCAGAAUGGACGGGAGUGACAGUGUCCCAGAGGACAGCCAGCUUCAAUGAGUCCGAGUGCCUGCCUGAAAUGACAAAUGUGACAGGGGCGUUGUUAUUCCGCAGCAUGGCCUUGGAGGACCUGACGUCCAUCGGAGACAGAGACCGGUGGGCAGAUCAAGGAGAGGAAGUUGCCAACGUCCACACCAAAUUGUCCACUAAUGAGUCUGCGGCUCUGACAGACUUAAAGCCCUGCAAUGGACUAGAACCCAACAACAUCACCCCCAAAACACAAGAGUCCACCGAGUCCCAAACAUGGUCUGACUCCGCCUCUCAACCCAAAGAUAGUCAAAGGAUUUGUGACGUGCCGCGUCCAGGAAGUAGUGAGACAAACACUUCUGAAACUGCAGCUACAGACAACAAAACUGACUUCUCGCCACACGGUGCGAGCGGAUCAAACUCUGACAUUUGUAAUGACACGGAGACGAGUGGUGUGCUUCAGACCGCCGGCACAGCUGAGCUCCGGAAAACACCGCGGAUUUCUCCAGCCAGAAAGUCGCUGGUGCCGAUCGCUAUUUUCAAAGCUCAAGCGAAGCUGGAUAACGGCUCCGUGGAGAACAAGGCUCAUACCGCCACCCAAGCUAGACCAAACGGUUCCCUAAAAAGACCAUCCGUAGUCACCAAGGGCAACAAAACACACACGUCACCCCGAAACAGCUCCAUCCCCGUUAAAGACAGCAGCACGGGGCUCAGGCAGCUCCGAAGUCUUGCUGGUGCAAAGUCUCAAGCUCCAGGUACCAAAUCUCCUGCUAGAAGUCAGCCAGCUAGUGCCAAGAAACCUCCUACUCCAAAAAAUGAAAAAGAUGCUUCAAGCGGGCAGAGCAGCCCCGGUACUCCCAAGUCCCCCUCUAGCCAAACGCAGUCUGGAAAGUCUGUGUCCGAGGCCAACAAGGUGAAGAAGAUUGCAGUGGUGCGUUCGACACCCAAGUCCCCGGGCUCCCUGAAGAGCCGCUCACCGGCUCCUCUGGCCACUGCAGCCCCGAUGCCAGACCUGAAGAACGUCAGGUCAAAAAUCGGCUCCAUAGAGAACAUCAAACACCAGCCCGGUGGUGGAAAGGUACACAUACUUGAUCAGAAGGUGGACUACAGUAAUGUCCAGUCUAAGUGUGGCUCCAAAGACAAUAUAAAACAUGUACCCGGUGGAGGCAAUGUCCAAAUCCUUGAUAAGAAACUGGACUUGACUAAUGUUCAGUCUCGUUGCGGCUCCAAAGACAACAUAAAGCACACACCUGGAGGAGGCAAGGUACAAAUUCUUAAUAAGAAGCUGGACUUAAGCUAUGUGCAGUCGCGGUGUGGCUCCAAAGAUAAUAUAAAACAUGUACCUGGUGGUGGCAACGUUCAGAUCGUCCACAAAAAGAUCGAUCUGAGCAAUGUUACAGCUAAAUGUGGCUCAAAAGACAACAUUCAUCAUAAACCAGGCGGUGGAAACAUUGAGAUAAAAAACGAGAAGAUGGAGUUCAAAGUCCAGUCUAAGAUCGGCUCCCUUGACAACAUUGGCCACAUGCCUGGGGGUGGACAGAAGAAGGGGAUUGAGAGCCACAAACUGAGUUUCCGUGAGACGGCCAAGGCCCGCACCGACCAUGGCGCAGAGAUCAUCUCGUUGGAAGACUCUCCCCACCAGCUCAGCACCGUGUCCUCCUCCGGCAGCAUCAACAUGGCGGACUCUCCGCAGCUGUCCACGCUGGCCGAUCAGGUGUCCGCCUCUCUGGCCAAACAGGGCUUGUGAAUGCAGUCGACGAUGACCCCUGACCCCGCCUUUCCUCCGCCACACCACCACCUCGAGGAGUUGUGAUGCUUUCCUCAUCUUUUGACUUUUUUUUUUAAAGCUACCCACCAAUUUGUCAUUGGUUAACCUUUGAAUGUUUCUCAAUGCAUUAUUAGUCCAAGUCUUGACGAAAAAAGGGCCAAAAUUAACUUAAUCUCGUCUGUGGUCUUUUAUAUCUUGAUACCGGUACCUUAGACGACCCUGAUGGCUGCGCGCCCUUGCAGGUGAAAACGUUCCUUUAUUUACCUUCAUUACUCGCCUGGUUGCCACACUGACCGUAAACCCUUUAGAAAAUUAUUUUCAACGUUCAAGUUGAUGGGUGACUUAAUUUUUGUUUAAAUCCAAACAGUGCUUUGCUAAAUGGAGGAUGCAGAAGGAAGAGUUA